AUGCGAAAUCUUGUUGCUUCUAUACUGACGACUUCUCUGCUGCUCUCGUCAGCGUGCGCUAUAUCUCAUAACCCACCAGGUAGAGAUGCGAUUCUGCUAUCCAAUGUACAAACCCUAACUCUACGCACUGAUCGUCUUACCACAUCUCGUCGCGUUUCACCCAUCCCACAACUCAGCUGUGUGGGCCCAUCGAAGAAGAUAUGCAACCUCUACAAACCAGAAAUUAUACGUUGCACAAAUCAAGGUUACGACUAUGACGAAGAAGAUGUGCAAUGGACCUGUACCGCAUCUCUUCCAGAGGAGUUUAAGCUCGGUGCAACAGAUGUGAUAUGCGAGGGCUAUCGCAGUGCAGAGGAUAAGUGGGUGCUCAAAGGGAGCUGUGGUGUCGAGUACCGGAUGAUGUUGACAGAGGAAGGCGAGAGGCGGUUUGGAAAAAGCGACAAUGUCUGGUCAUCAGGCCACAGAGCCGGUAAAUUGAUUGGAAAUAUCAUCUUCUUUGGAAUAUUCUUUGCUGUCUUUAUUCUUAUUAUUUCAUCUUGUCUUGGCUUCCGGGGCAAUGAUCGGCCAAGAGAUCAAAGACGAGGCUGGGGCUGGGGAGGUGGUGGUGACUACCCAGGUGGCCCACCCCCUCCUUAUAGCAGCUCUGAUGGAAGAAGCUUUGGAUCGCAGGGCUGGAGGCCUGGAUUUUGGACUGGUGCCCUUGGAGGUACAGCUGCGGGAUAUCAGAUGGGACGGCGUUCUGGCAACUCGUAUCAAGGUUCAUCGUUUGGUCGAUUCAAUGACCCUGGAGAGGGCAGUUCUCGCUCACGAUCUUCCCCCAGUUUUUCUUCUACCAGUGCUAGUACUGGAUUUGGGUCGACACGGCGCAGAUGA